AUGGACGUAGAAGAUGAUGACCCCGUGGUGGCAGAGUACGAUGUUUACAUUACACCUGAGGCAGAAGAGCAGCAGCUGUACGUUCUGCAGUACCUCAACAGACCUCCCGACCAACCUUUCACGAAAGCCACCGGAAGCCAGCCUGCCGAGCUGCGUGUCAAAAGAGAGUCCGGCUUCAUUGAAGUUGACGUCCCGAUCAACAUUCGUCAGAACUACAACCGCGUCAAUGGUGUACGGUGGGGCGAGGCCAUGCGCAAGACCAAGGGAUUCGGGCAGAAGGCUUAUGGCAUUGCCUCUGGUUUCGAGCGAACCAUGCCGCGUACUGGUAAUAGACCUGGCGGCGAAGGAGCAUCCGCUGCACCUGUGGUGACAGCAGAGGAUGAUGACAACUUCGAGGAAUAUGUCACACAUUUCGAGGAUGCUAAUGAGAAGGGACACGUUUUCAACUCGCAAAUCUUCGGUGGCCAGAUUCUGAAUGACGAUGGCAAAGGGCCAAGCUACAUGUUGGGAACCUUUCGUGAUGAUCAGCUCCAUCUCACACGUCUGAACGGUCUUGUACAACUCCGAACUCAAUUCCACCACAUUGACGCUUCGGCGCAACUCGAAGCAGUUGCACGGCGACGCGAAAAGGAAUCGCAGGAAGGCGCAAAGCUAGCAGAGCCCAAGGCCUUCAUUCCUACCGUGAAGAAGGCGGGCGGAGACACAGCAGCAGAGCUGACACAACAAUUCAUGAAGGCUGCAAAUCAGGAGCCGUGGCACAAGCUACAGUAUUCUGACGAAGAUUCUGAAGUUGCCUAUGAUUCUUACAGCGAGCGCCUUUUUCUUCCUGCCACCAUUGGCGCACCGAAGCUACGGUCGAACCUCAACAAUGAUCAGUUCCUCGACGUCAUCAGUGCACCAUCAGCCGGCAAGGGUGCCAAGCGGAGGAACUCAGUCAGAGAGAAAGAAUUGAUCGAGAUCUCGGAUGAGUCAGACGAGGAAGAUGAGACCGUGGGUUAG